AUGAGCAGAGGAAUCAUUAGAUCAGGCCGAAUGGCCAUCCUACUUCUAGUAGUCAUUUUCAUCAUCUAUGAGUUCUCUUACGGUCAUUCACUUGCAAUUCUUAGUGAAUCAGACAGCUUCAAAUACUUUCGACAACGAAUAAAGGGUGACUCCGGUUCCCCUGCCACAAACCAAUAUACUGACAUGACAUCGCCCAUUGGCAAACCAUACGAACGUGCAAAUGCCACGUUUGUCACUCUUGCACGUAAUAGCGACCUCUAUGCUUUACUUGACUCGAUUCAAUCUGUUGAAGACCGUUUCAAUCGCAAAUUCCAUUAUGAUUGGAUCUUUUUCAAUGAUGAAGAGUUUGAUGCUAAGUUUAAGGAAGUUAUUGGAGACGUUGUUUCCGGCUCAGUAUCAUUCCACACAAUUCCAAAGGAAUUCUGGGGGUACCCGGACUGGAUUGACCAGGAAAAGGCGGCAGCUGGAAGAAAGGAAAUGCAAGAAAAGGGAAUCAUUUAUGCAGAAUCAGAAUCUUACCGUCACAUGUGCCGCUUCGAAUCAGGAUUUUUCUGGCGCCACCCAGCCAUGAAUAAGUACCGCUACUACUGGCGUGUCGAACCUGAUGUCAAGUACUUUUGCGACAUUGAUUAUGACAUUUUCAAGUUUAUGGAAGACAAGAAUAUCAAGUAUGGGUUUACAAUUUCUCUCUACGAGUUUGUCGAAACCAUUCGGACCCUAUGGGAUACCACCAAGAAGUUUUUGGAAACACACUCCGAGUACGUGGCCAAAAACAAUCUUCUUAAUUUCAUUUCUGAAGACAAGGGCGAGUCUUAUAACUUGUGCCACUUUUGGUCCAACUUUGAGAUUGCAGACAUGGAUUUCUGGCGUGGAGAAGCCUACACGAAAUAUUUUACAUACUUGGACAAGGCCGGCGGGUUUUUCUACGAGCGUUGGGGUGAUGCACCUGUACAUUCUAUUGCUGCUUCGCUGUUUUUGGACAAGUCAGAGAUUCAUCAUUUUGAAGAUAUUGGCUACCGUCAUGGGCCAUAUACGAGUUGUCCCUCGUCAUUGAGUAUGCGCAAAAAGGGUCAUUGUACGUGUAAUCCAGAUCACAACUUUUCAUGGGACGGAUACUCAUGUUUUAAACAGUAUUACCGGGCUCAAGAACAGACAUUGCCCAAGAUUUCUUAA